CCUGUAUCUACCAAGUACUGCAAGUUGUUCUCUUUCUUUUUUUGCCUUAAAUGCACAGCGGCCCAAGCGCUCGUUUGGGGAUGAAACCUUGACUUUCUGAGUUUCUAGCCAGUACUGUAAGCUUAUGCUCAUUUGUUAAUUUCCUGUGAGGAACAUCUCUGUAUUCCUAAGGGUGGUGCUAUUUUCAUACAUGACUCUCAGUUUGGUAAAAUACCACAGAGAAAGAAAAACAGAGAGUUGUGCUUAAGACUGAAAGUUUUCUUGUUGGUUAAAUAAAAUAUUUUCCACAUUUUCUCCAAUCAGGGAGUUAUGAGCUUGGUGUAGUUGUAGCAGUAAAUAAGAGGCGUUACGUUGCUGCAUCUGUAAUUGGUUGCUGCUUAGACAUUGUGUGAAUUUGUAGCUGAGGGGGAAAAAGACUCAGACUUGUGAGUAACUUCAUAGCCAAUUGGUAAGCAGUAACUUCAUGAUUAGUUGCUUGAUUCCACUUCUUUACCAUUUUCGUGUUAGCUGAUUAAUAACUUCUUUUAUUUUUCUUUCCUUUUCGUGUUGUUUCGCCUGGUUGAUUUGUGAGUGACAUUUGUUACAGAACAGAUUCUUGGAUGAGUUAAAGCAAAAUAUUGUUUCUGCUUGGGCUUUUAGUUUGUUAGGUGUGUUGCAGCAGAAUUGUUGAUUUUGUGUUAAAGCAGAUAAUGGUCAAUGAAUUUAGAAUGGACCAUUGGGAGACCAAGGUUUAAAAUCCAACCGAGUCAAAAAAAUAAGUGUUAGGUGAUUUAUUUCCAUUUGUAUAAGUAUUGGUGGUUAGAGUUAGCUGAUGCCUGUGCACGAAGCUGGUUCGGACACCACCAUUACAAAAGAUCACUGUGGUAGAAUAUUUAGCUGUUAUAUUCACUAUAUAUCAAGGACAAGACUAGAGAGGUCUUGUUAUACUACCAUGUUAGCCAGAGUGUUAGAGCUGUACCUUGAUCCGAAAAUGCUUAUAGUUCUACCUCUAUUCCUUUUUCAUGCGGACUUUUGGGCUUAGUUUUAAGCUUAAAGAUAUCAGGAUUUCAUUUGAUUCUUUCAUUUUCCUUUUGUUUUUUCUGUUUUUGUGUUUGACUGGUCUAGCAAUUGGCUUCAGGUUUGUUGAUAUCACUAAGAAGUUCGGGCAUUGCAAUGUUGUUGCAUCAGUUUAAAAUAAGUGCUGAUAAGUUAUCUGUGUAAAAGAGAUCUUCCAUUUGAUAGAUUCGCUUUAAGUUUCGAUUUAUAUUUAAAGUUUCUUCUGGUCUAGCAAUCAUUUCACAAAUUAACGAAGUUUGAUGCACUGAUGAGCCACAUACUUUAAUCAAAGUCGAUCUUUCUGCGGGAUUCUGACUUUCUUCCUUUUCCAGCAUUUAGCUUUCAAGUCAUUUAUUAUGUGCAGAUCCUUUGUAGUUUUGUUGCGAUUGCAGACACACAAAGAGACGGAGAAUGGCUUAUGCUGCUUUGACUUCUCUUAUGGGAACUGUUGGAAAAAUUCUGCAACAAAACCCAGAUCCUGAGAAAGGGGAAGAAAUGAAAUUUCUAUAUGAAACUCUUGGUUCCUUGAGGGCCAUUCUGGAGGAUUCUGUGAAAAGAAGUGAUCUUGAGAUGAUUAAAAGGUUGGAAGCACAAACCACACAGAUGGCAUAUGCACUAGAAGAUAAAGUCGAGUUAGCAAUGGAGAGUGGAAUUCUUGGAAGCUUGAAUCAGAUAAAAGGACACAUUGAUUCCACCAUGAAUGACUGGAUGAAGAUCAAGACUAGCUAUGAAAACCAUGUCAAAGCUCUUCCAGCAAAUGAAGGUUUUAGUCCCGAUUCAUCAAAACUUUCUUCGCAGCCAGAAAAUGUUAUGGUUGGCCACAACAAUGAAUUAGACCUGAUGUUAGAUCAUCUUACUAGGGGCUCACGUGAACUAAAAGUUGUCUCUAUUGUUGGGAUGGGGGGCAUUGGUAAGACAACAUUUGCUACAAGAAUUUAUUAUGAUCCAGUAAUCGUUUCUCGCUUUGACACUCGUCCAAUGGUUACUGUUUCACAAGAAUUUUAUGUUAGAAGGUUACUUCUAGGCCUUCUUAAUUCUAUCACGUCAAUUCCUCGAGAAAUUUGUAACGAAAGUGAUGGACAAUUAGCAGAUCGGCUACGAAAGGGUUUAAAAGGGAGGAGGUAUUUGAUUUUCAUUGAUGAUAUAUGGAGCACUGAAGCAUGGGAUGAUAUGAAGCUAUGUUUCCCAGAUGAUGGCAAUGGAAGCCGAAUAUUACUGACCACUCGUAAUACAGAGGUAGCUGAAUAUGCUAGCAUGAAUGAACCUCCCUUUCAUCGCAUGCGUCUUUUAAGUUUCGAUGAAAGUUGGAACCUCUUCCACUCAAAGGUUUUCACUAAAAAAGGUCUUUCCUCUGAAUUUGAGAAGAUAGGGAAAGAGGUUGUUAAAAAAUGUCGAGGAUUACCGCUAACAAUCAUCAUAGUUGCUGGACUUCUCUCCAAAAUCCAUUCAUUAGUUGAAUGGGGAAAUGUUGCUGAAGAUGUGAACUCACUUUUAUAUGAAUGUCCUGACAAACAGUGCUCAAGACUUAUUGAUCUUAGUUACCGCCACUUGCCUCAUCACAUAAAAGCCUGUUUUCUGUAUUUUGGAGUUUUUCAGGAAGACACUGAGAUUAAUGUCAAGAGACUUGUCAAGCUAUGGGUUGCAGAGGGGUUUCUUGAGGUAGAAAAGGAUAAGAACUUGGAAGAAGUGGCUAAGAAGUGUUUAGAAGAUCUUAUAGAUAGAAGUUUAGUUUUCGCCGAUAAGGGGAGUACUCGCAAUGGAAAAAUAAAGACAUGCAAAAUGCAUGAUCUUUUACAUGGAUUUUGCUUGAGAGAAGCUCAGAGAGAAAACUUUCUGCGUGUCAUUCAAAAGAAAGAUGAUGAUCUUCAUGCAAAGCCCGUCCUCUUUCAUCCAAAAUUUCAUAGACGGAUAAGUAUCUUAAGUUGUGACAACUAUAAGUUAUAUUUUGAUCAUGAUACUUACAACAAAGCCCGUUCAAUUUUAUUUUUGGGUAAGCCUUACUACAUUCCGGAUAUCAAACUAGAGUACUCAUGUUUCAAGCUAUUGAGAGUAUUAGAUAUAGCUACUGACACAUUGAGAGGCAAUUUCCCUAAGGAUAUCCUUUGUUUGUUUCACUUGAGAUACCUGGCUUUUACCUUUGCCGGAUCUUUGGAUUCUCCCCUGGAUAUGAGCCUUUGGAAUCUUGAAACAUUUGUAUUUGAUUACCGGGUCUGUGGUUGUAUAUAUUUUGCAGAAGAAAUAUGGAGGAUGGAACAAUUAAGGCAUCUAAAGUUUAGCUUGAAUUGCUUAACCCAACCUUCACAAGAGAAGUGCUUGGUGCUGGAAAAUUUGCAGACAUUUUCUGGGUUGAAUCCUUUAAAUUGUACAAAGGAAGUGUUCAAAAGGAUUCCCAAUGUUAAGAAGUUAAUGAUUCUAGGACACAUGGUUCAAUAUGGAGAGAGUGAAAUGCCAGAUUGCUUCAAUGACCUUGCUAGUCUAGGUAAACUUGAGUCACUGGGUUUUCACAUUCAAACAAAUAUUAACCACUUGAAUUUGUGCCUUCCUCCUCCAGGCAACUUUCCACAGAACCUUAAGAAGUUGACAUUUAUCUUUACGUACAUGCCUUGGAAGAAUAUGGACAUUGUUGGUAUGCUACCUAAUCUUGAGGUGCUAAAAUUGAGGAGCAGUGCUUGCAUAGGUGAAGAGUGGGAACCAUCUGAGAAUGGGUUUCAUCAACUAAAAUUCUUGCUUUUACAUUGCUCAGAUCCCAAUUACUGGAAGGCAACUAGUGACCAUUUUCCUCUCCUCGAGCAUCUGGUGCUAAGAGAUUGCUAUCAUUUACAAGAGAUACCUCUGGAUUUCGCGGACAGUCUCACAUUGCAGUCGAUUGAGAUAGAGAACUGCGAGCGUUCUGUUGUGACUUCUGCCGAGCAAAUUCAGGAAGAGCAACGGAACCUGGGAGUUGAUGAUCUUAUAGUUCGUGCCUGCAGAAUUCGAGGUUGUGAAGAUGAAGAUCAUAUUUCUCAAUCAUUCGGUGGAAGUUAAUCUGAUUAUUUUGUGCCACUUCUCUUCUUGUAAGUAAGUAUUUCACAUUGAUGUUCUGUACAGUACUGUCCUAUGCUGCUAAGAGAGUUGUGCAUAUGCAUAAGCAUAAGUCCAUCAUCCAGUUUUAGUUUACCAGGCUUGUUAAUAUCUGUUGCUACAUGAUGGAAUCUGUUAACACUUUCAACUGUAUUUCUUUUGGUUGCAUA